CUAGAUGCGGAGAUUGUAAUUAGUUCUUGGUCAGAUCUCACCAGUGUAGCUUGUGGUUUCGACAGAUAAGCAGUUUUCGCAUACUCAGAAAAUUUUGCCUAAGUCAAAUUCUUGAAAAUUGUAACAAAUGGCGCUUAAAUCUGAUUUGAUAUGGGAAAAACUCAACGCACGGCUGGCACAAGUCGAUCGUAAUAAAAGAUCCUUCAAAGCAAUCUUGUUCAUUCAUCUUCAACAGAAUGGAAAGACUGUUCGUAGUGUUGUUCUGGAUUGCAAUGAGCUAAAGCUAGUCGACAUAGAACUAGACGCAUCGUGCAGUGUCGAAUAUCCACCUGAGCUGGUUGAUGCUUCCAUAACGAUUGAUGAUAGUGAUUUCUAUUCGGUGGCUACAAAGGGAACCACAUUUGCCGAUCUUAUCGAACGGAAAACCGUAACGAUAACUGGAAACGAAGAAUGCUUCAAAAAACUAGAUGAAAAAUUCAAAACAAAGUGAUAUUACCGAUCGCUAUAUUGAGAAUGCUUUUGUGAAUGCUGCUGAAAGAAUUUAAAUAUUUGUUGAUUUUAUGUAUUACUUGUAUUAAACAAAGAAAUGAAUACUCUCGCAAAAUAAUCAAUUAUUAUGUUAUUGUACACUUAUCUUUUUCAGAAUAAAUAACGACGAACUUACUA